UUCCAUGCCAUUUGCUUUGCUUCUGUUGGGAGGGAGGAAGGGUUUAUGGCGAUCUAGAGGAAGAAUGUGAGUGAUCUUGGAGCUAGGGCGAGCGAUCCCGGAGCGCCAAGGAGGAAUCUUGGAGUAAGUCUUUGCUGGAUUGGUUUGAUCCAGAAAUAGGUCGCGGGAGGAGGAGGAUCAUAUUUGGCGCAGGCCGGGCGCCGAAAAGCUCUGCGAGGAUCAUCGAUCUCGAGGAAAGAGAGCGAAAUCUCGCAAAAAGAAUGCCUCCUCGGUCGUGCUCCAACCCGCAAGAAGUGUUUUCGGUGCGCCGGAUCAACGCGCCCGGCAGCAAGAACACGCACAGGGUCCUCCCCAAGAUGAUCGACGCCGGCGCCGCCCCGAUCGUCUACAAGAUCCCGCCGGCGGCGCUGAUCCAUCAUCUCCCGGGCGCGGCCACCGCGGCGGCAUCCAGCAGCGAUCACAAUCUUGCAAGAUCCAAGAAAUUCUCGCUGGCAUCGUCGAGCUCCUCGGCGAAUCUGGGCGGCACGAGCAGUGACAGGAGCCCCCAGCGCAGCAAGAAGGGGUGUAUGAAAGGCAAGGGCGGUCCACAAAACUCCCAGUGCCAGUAUCGCGGCGUCCGGCAAAGAACUUGGGGGAAAUGGGUCGCGGAGAUUCGAGAGCCCAAUCGAGGAGCGAGGAUUUGGCUGGGGACUUUCACCACCGCCGAGGACGCCGCUGCUGCCUACGAUCGCGCCGCGAAGAUCCACUAUGGCCCAUCCGCCCAGCUCAAUUUCCCCGAGUCGGGAUCCAACUCCGGGUGUAGCACUAGCAGCUCCGCGGCAUCCGAUCAAACAGGAGUAGCAGUGGCGGCAGUGCCAGGAAUUCACGCUGCUCCAGCGAAGAAGCUUUGCAUCGAGAAGCCCAACAAGUCGAGCGAUUCGAGCUCGUCGACGAGCUGCGUGGUGGAAGCGAAGAACACUGGGAGUGCUUUGAGCAUCGCCACCAACACCAGCAAGAACAAUGGUGGCACUAGCAGGAUCGUGCCGAGCUCGCUGGUGGAGGAACCCAGCGAGAACAGAGCGAUCCUCAAGCGCUGCCGAGAGGACAAGCUCGCGAUCCAGAUGAAUUGCUCCAGCUGCUGCGACGUCGAUCACAGGCAAAUGAUCACCCAGCCGGAGAUCUUUAGCUCAGAUUUCUCCGCGGAGCUGCCAGCGCUGGGUGGUGGGCUGACGAUCAUGGAGCAAGGGGACGAUUUCAAGUGCCAGUCGAUGAUCUGGGACGAGGGCGAUUGUGGUGGGAAUAGCUUCAGCGUGAGCGAUCUGGGGAUUUGCUGCGACCAGGACGAUGACCUCUCGGAGAUCAACAAAUCUUUCUCGGGGCUGGAGGCCGUGUUCUUGGAUCAAUUGUCUCAGCCCAUUGGAAACUAAAAGAGGAAGAAAAGGAGCAAAAAAAAGAAUGGUUUUUAAACUUUUGU